CCUGACUGUGUUGUCAUACCUGUGUUGGCUUGAGACUGAACAGGCGGCUCACCUGGAGCUCCUUCACCUGGACUCACCUGUGCAGUGAGCAGCGAUUGAGAGACCAUGGACCAAUCACUGUCCGGUGGGCGGGGCUAUGUGAGCGUGCUCAGUUGUUUCCCGCCCUCUGUGGGCAGAGACGUUGCGGUUGCUGUGGUGAAGCCCCUGAGAGCCGGCCUGGGAAACCCCGGCACCCGCAGCCUGCUGCGCACAGACAGACAGGUGAAGUGGACGAUGGAGGCGUUGUGUUACGGUUUGACCCUCCCAUCGGACGGCGACACCGUCAAACUCUGUGUAGACGUCUACACCGAUUGGCUGAUGGCCCUGGUUUCCCCGAGAGACUCCAUCCCUCCUCCAAUAGGCAGAGAGCCCAACCUGUACACCCAGAAGAUCCUCCGACACCUGUACAGCCUUUUCCUUUCCAGGUCGGACCAGGUGAGUCCGGUCUACAUGUCUCUCUGUCAGCAGGUGUUGUGUGCAGUUCAGUCGUUGGCCAGAGACAGUGUUGUGAUGAGCAGAGACACCUGGGAGACACUGCUGAACUUCCUGCUCUGCAUCAACCACACCAUGCUGGCUACAGGCGGCGUGUCGGAGCAGCUGUCUCACCUGUUGAUGGCGGUGCUGUUUGAGGUCUGGUUGCUGUCUUGCUCUCGGUGUUUUCCGUCUCGCUGUCUGUGGCAGCUGGGCCGACAGACGUUGAGAAGCUGCAGACAUCAGCCGGCAGUGGUGGAGGAAUGGAGCCGAGUCGUCGCCGCCCUGACCUCCAGGUUGUUGCUGUUGACCUUCGGUCCGUCCUUCCCUCACUUUAAAGUCCCAGAUGAAGACGCUGCUCUGAUCCCUGAAGACAUGGACGAACACAGAAUCCCUCAGACCUGGUUCAGGUUCCUGCACCUGCUCAGUAACCCGGUGGAUCUCAGUUGCCCCGUGGUUGUUGGUUCGACUCCUUCCUCCCAUGAGGAGGCAUCAAGAGGAGACAGUCAGCUGCCAAACAUCUUCUUCAAAGCCAUGAGAGGAGUCAGCGUGCUGGUCGACGCCUUCCUGGGUGUGACUGUGAUCAACAAAGAACCAACAGAGCAGCUUCUGCCAAACACUGGACUUCCAACAAGGAUCCAUUUCAGAGACCGGUUGCCUUCUCUUGGUGUUGCUGUUACCAGGAGUCCGUUUAGAGACCGCCACCCUUCUCACGGUUUCUCUCGACCUCGUUCUGGCAGUGCCCCCCCCAUCCCGGUGACCAUAUUGAGCUUGCCCAGUGCCCCUCCCUCCACCACCUCCCCCCCUUCACCCAACAAACGACUAAAACCUGUGAAUGUUUCCAAGGCAACAAGCAAACCUCUUGCGUUGUCAUCCCCUCCUUCCCCCUCCCAACCCCCUCUGUGCUCCUCCCCCAGACCCUCCCCGUCCCCACUCAGGUGUAACGUGGACUCCCUCCUCCACCUGUUCGGUGACUGGCUUUUUGAUGCUGCUCUGAUGAACAGAGACUCUGGUCUGCCCACUAAGUACUCUACAUACACAUUACAUAGUACUACACGUACUUUACGCAGUACUACACGUAUAUCCACAUGAUAACUCCUUCCCCCCGUGUGUUCUCCAGCCGGUCCCGGUGAUGUCACUGUGAUGUCAGCGAGGUGGGCGGCUGGUCGAGCCGAGGCCUGCGGGACACUUUGCAGGAUCUUCACCUGCAAGAAAACUGCAGAGGACGUCCUGCCUGUCUACCUGUCCAGGUUCUACCUGGUUCUCCUUCAGGGUCUGGUGGUGUCGGAGGAGGUGUGUCCUCCUGUUCUGGCCUCCAUCCUGCUGAACUCCACCUCUCUGUUCUGCUGUGACCUGGGAGGAGUCCACCUGCUGUUGCCCUCCUUCAUCUCCGCUGUGGAGAAAGUGCUGCUCGACAGAGAGCUGUUAAGGUUCAAGAGUUUUUUGAGCCCGGUCGAUCUGAGGCGAGCCUCCAUCCUGGUCCUGCUGACCAUGCUGCCCCUCCCUCUGCAGUUUGGGUCUGUCCGGUCAGAGGUGUUAUUGGACGGGCGGUUCAAUGGUGAUGAUGUCACAGGAGGUAGCUUCCUGUCUCUGAAGCCCCGCCUCAUCGGGGUUCUGAUUGGAGCUCUGCAGACGGAGACCGACACCUCCAACACACAGAUACUACUCGCGGCCAUGUUGAACCUGGUCCAGGACUCGGCUCUGUGGAAGGCUGCAGGACAAAGUCAGCAGGACACUGAGUCCCAGCAAGGUGGAGCCAGCAGACCCAGAUGGACCGCGGGACCCGGUGGACCCGGUGCAAAUAGAUGGACCAGAGGAACCGCCGUCCAAUCAGACGCAGACGGUAUCCUGUGGGUUCAGUUUGUGCGUCUGCUGACUCAGCGUCUGACGGCUCAGUGGAGGAAUGACUCAGCAGUUUGUCUCUCUGCACUGGAAGUACUGGGAGGACUGGCCAAGGUGGAGGUGAGCGUGGAAGAGAGCGAGAGGAGGCGAGCGGUCACUUCAGUCUGCUGCUACAUCGUGUUUCAGUGCAGUCGUCCUCCUCCGCUUCACUCCAGAGAUCUGCACUCCAUCAUCGUCGCUGCUUUCUACUGUCUGAACGUCUGGUUAACUCAGCACCCCGCCAUGCUCGACCACCAGGAGUGUUUGUUGGAGGUCCUGGAGAUAGUGGAAUUGGGCAUUUCUGGCAGUAAGUCCAGACAGGAACAGGAAGUGAGAUGUAAAGAGGAGAAGGAACUGAACCCGGCCUCUCUGAGGGUGAAGGAGGCUGCAGAGGCCACGCUGAGCUGUGUUAUGCAGGUUUCGGGGGCCUUCCCAUUCCUCGGAGGCCUGCUGAGCGAGGACGCUCUGAUUGGCUGCUCCGCUUUGAGUGACAGCAGUUUGAAGAAAUUCAGAUAUUUUGUGGUGGACCACUCGGUCAUCUUGGCCAUGCUGGAACAACCACCUGAAGAGGCGCCAUGUCCGUCACUCACAGUGCUGAUCAGAGGUCCGUCAGGAGGUCACACCUGGACUUUACAGCUCCACCUGCAACCCAGAGAGGGAAGAACCAAAACACAGCAAACUCUGAUCCCAGAGCAGCGCGUUGCGGCCCAAGAGGAUGCUUGGAUACGAUGUGGUGUCAAACAUCAGCUGUUUCCUGAAAACAUUGACAGAGUUGCUUCAGUGAAAGCAGAUCUGAGUAUUCCAAAUCUGCGUGAGACCGUUACUGAGGAGGUGCAGCAGCAACAGGAGCAUCUGCAAGCAGUGUUGAUGAGGCAGCGACAGGUCGAGGCUCGGCCGCAGGUGAGCGGACGCUCUGUUGACAUGAAGACCUGCAGGCCGCCGUCUCCUAUUACCAAGUUCCAGACAGCGAGACUGUUCCUGUCCCACCUGGGCCUGCUGACACCUGAGACCUUGAAGAGUCCAGGUACCAGCGAUGUCCCAGCUCCGCUGGUGUCUCUGGACUCGUCACUUCCAGGUUUCUCUGAGGAUCUGAGACGUUUGGACCAGCUGCCGUCCAGAAACUGCGACUCCGCCUUCAUCUUCUACAUGAGAGCCGGACAGAGGACAGCUGCUGAGAUUCUGAGGAAUGUGGAGUCCAGCUGCAGCGUCCAGUCUCACUUCCUGGACUUCCUGUGGUCUCUCGGUCGGCCAGUGGAGGUGGGGCGACGACUGGGGGGCGGGUUCGACGCCAACGGUUCAGAAUUCCCUGCUGUGCUAGGUGACAGUGGAGGGGGCGUGUUUAAUGGAGAGAGGUUUGUCCUGAUGUACACCGACGCUCUCACCGAGAUCACCUUCAUCGUACCCUCAUCAUCAUACACGGCUGAUUUGUCGAAGAGUCCGGAGGAGGCGGAGCCUCUAACUGGGGUGCCAUCCAACCAGCGGUGUCCUUUUGAGCCCAACAAAGACUCCACCCCUCAACCUACAAGUCCUCCAGUUGAAGACAUGAAGUCCUUUCGUUUUGAGUUGUCGUCCGUUGGCUCUGAAUCUAAACUCCUGAUAGUCUGGGUUGAACGCUUCGAGGAUAUCGAGAGUUUCCCUCUGUCGGACCUUCUGUCGGGGACCACGACAGGAACACCGACCAGCGUCUCAAACGUCCAGCUGAUCUUCGUCCAUCCUCUGAAGACUGGACUCUACCGGAUUUGUUUCCAUGCAAACACGACCAGCAAGUUCGGGUUGUUCGUCCCUUUGGUCAACGGGAGUUUGGUCAGCAGGAGGUCUUUGGCUUUCCUGCUCAGAGAGAUCGUGAUCAACUGUUGCCAUCGGCGGCGGUUGGAGAGUGACUCCACCCCUCCUUCUCACGUCAGGAGAAAGCACAUGAUCAAUGACAUCAUCCUUCGUUAUCGCAGCCGUCGUUCUGAGCCCGCCUUUUACGCUGCCCUGUUCCAGGAGCCCUGAACCCCCUCUGACCUUUGACCUCUCGGACUGACCAGCUCCACUGUAUUUACCAGUCACAGAAUAAAAAAAACCCAAAAAAUGUGCUUGCUUGUUUGUGUAGUUUUAAACCAGCCAAUCAGGAUCAACACUUCCUGCCGUUACAAGGUUCUUGUGUGCAACGGCAGGUGUUUACCGAGUGAUUAUGUCACCUGAGUGGGUUAAUAA